CGGUAGAGGUGACUUCAUUUACAAGCCAAAAACUCUGACAAUUUUAUCGCUGGCCAUUGGAGAUGUUCUUCUGGCUCUGUUUCCCAUGGUUGUUACAACUAAGGUUUUGUUUGGAGAUUACGCAGUGACUGGACUUUCUUGCAGUACUUCAUUGGCGUCUCUUGUCUACACACCAUAUCUUGACACAUUCGUCUACGGUAUUGGACUAAUGGUGCUCGGCUUUGAAAUAAUUCAAUCUCAGAAAAGCUCACCCACAAAUAAAAACAAGCAAAUCAUUUAUUCUCUCGG